CGAUACCAACACGAGUAAUAUCAUAUGUAUCACGGUGCAUUACACGUUUGAGCUUUCACAAAGGUUGCGUUACUUUUUUCGAUACAUUUUCAAUUUAAUCAAUUCAGUAUAUUUUACGAAUCGAUCAUGAUGUCUUUUCUAAUCGACUGGUUAUUCGACAACGUAACCAAUCUAUGCUUGAUUGCCGUUUUCACGGGCUUCUACUAUUAUUCGACUUCGACGUACGGUAAAUGGCGGAAAUUAAACAUUCCAUACAUACCGCCAAUACCACUGUUUGGCAAUACGUUCAGAAUGAUGACGAGACUCGACCAUCCAACUGAAAUGUUUGAUAGGAUAUAUUACCAAUUUCCGGACGAGAAACUGAUAGGGUUCUACCAGAUGAGGGAUCCGAUGCUGUUGGUCCGCGACCCGGAGCUGAUCAACGCGAUACUGGUCAAGGACUUCUCGCACUUCACCGACCACGGUAUUGACGUGGACUCAUCCACAUCUGUGCUGGCCAAAAGUCUGUUUUUCUCCAAUGGCCAGAAAUGGAGGACGAUGCGCCAGAAGCUGAGUCCGGGCUUCACGUCUGGCAAGCUGAAGGACACGCAUGGCCAGAUCAACGAAUGCAGUGACGAGAUGGUGUCUGGAAUUGUCGAAACGAUCAAGAUGAAGACCGACCAAAUCGACGUGAAAACGAUAACUGGUGGUUUUUCAACAGAUGUGAUCGGCACGUGCGCAUUCGGCAUGAAGCUGGACACGAUCAAGAACGACAAUUCUGACUUCCGACGGUACGUAAAAAUAAUGUUCCAGAACACUCCGAGACAGAUGAUCAUCCAGGUGAUGCUGAUGAUCUGCCCCUGGGUCAUCAAGGUGUUAAAAAUCAAUACGUUUCCGGUAGAGGCGACCAAUUUUUUCCAUAAUGUUUUCACCGAAGUCUUCAAGUAUCGCGAAGAGCACAACGUGAUCCGAAACGAUUUGACGCAGACCCUGAUGCAGGCACGUAAAGAGUUAGUGUUGAAGGAAAAUCCAAGUGUUGAAGAUAAAUUCACUGACGAUGAUAUCAUCGGUAACGCUAUUCUCAUGUUCAGUGCUGGUUCUGAAACCAUAUCUGCUAUGCUAUCUUUUUGCCUGUACGAAUUGGCGCUGAAUAUAGAAAUCCAAGACAGAUUACGAUCGGAAAUAUAUUCAAUGAAAGCAAAACACGACGGAAAAUUAAACAACGAUUAUUUGGUGGAUCUCCAUUACACCAAUAUGGUGUUGGAAGAGACUGCUCGCAAGUACUCCAUUGCUUUCAGUUUAAUGAGAGUGGCUACAAAAACAUACACCUUACCCGAUGAGUCAUUUGUCAUUGAAAAAGGACAAAAACUCAUUAUACCUAUGUUCAGCAUACAUCGUGAUCCAAAAUAUUAUCCGGAUCCCUUGAAAUUUGAUCCGGAAAGAUUUUCUACGGAACAAAAAUCUCAACGACCAAAUGGAACUUACAUGCCGUUUGGUGACGGACCUCGUCUGUGCAUAGGCAAACGGUUUGCCGAAUCAGAAAUGAAAUUGGUCCUGUCAAAUGUAUUGUCGAAAUUCGAAGUCUUGCCGUGUGAAAAAACCGAGAUUCCCGUCGACAUUAGAAGUAUGUCCGGUUUUAUUACAGCGAAAAACGGUAUUGUGUUAAAAUUUAGACCCGUUUUCACGGGCUUCUACUAUUAUUCGACUUCGACGUACGGUAAAUGGCGGAAAUUAAACAUUCCAUACAUACCGCCAAUACCACUGUUUGGCAAUACGUUCAGAAUGAUGACGAGACUCGACCAUCCAACUGAAAUGUUUGAUAGGAUAUAUUACCAAUUUCCGGACGAGAAACUGAUAGGGUUCUACCAGAUGAGGGAGCCGGUGCUAAUGGUCCGCGACCCGGAGCUGAUCAACACGAUACUGGUCAAGGACUUCUCGUACUUCACCGACCACGGUUUUGACUUGGACCCAACCACGUCUGUACUGGCAAGAAGUCUGUUCUUCGCCAACGGUCAGAAAUGGCGGACAAUGCGCCAGAAGCUAAGCCCGGGAUUCACGUCAGGCAAGUUGAAGGACGCGUACAGCCAAAUCGACGAGUGCAGCAACGAGAUGGUGUCCGGAAUCGCAAAGAAGCUCGAGGAGACAGACCGAAUCGAAGUGAAAACAAUGACUGCCGGUUUUUCCACAGACGUCAUCGGCACAUGCGCGUUUGGCCUGAAGCUGGACACGAUCAAGAAUGACGAUUCGGACUUUCGUCGGUACGUAAAAAUUAUGUUCGAGAACACCAAGAAACAGAUAUUCGUCCAGGUGAUGAUGAUUAUCUGCCCCUGGGUGAUCAAAGUGUUAAGAAUACAAAUGUUUUCGGAUGAGGCGACCAAUUUUUUCCAUAAUGUUUUCACCAACGUCAUCAAGUACCGCGAUGAGCACAACGUGAUAAGGAACGAUAUAACGCAGACCCUGAUGCAGGCACGUAAGGAAUUGGUGUUGAAAGAAAACUCGACUACCAAAGAUCAAUUCAUUGACGAUGAUAUCAUCGGUAACGCUAUUCUUAUGUUCACUGCUGGUUCUGAAACCAUAUCUUCUAUGCUAUCUUUUUGCCUGUACGAAUUGGCGCUGAAUAUAGAAAUCCAAGACAGGUUACGAUCGGAAAUAUGUUCAAUGAAAGCAAAACACGACGGAAAAUUAAACAACGAUUAUUUGGUGGAUCUCCAUUACACCAAUAUGGUGUUGGAAGAAACUGGUCGCAAGUACUCCAUUGCUUUUACCUUAAUGAGAGUGGCUACAAAAACAUAUACUCUACCCGAUGAGUCAUUUGUCAUUGAAAAAGGACAAAAACUCAUUAUACCUAUGUUCAGCAUACAUCGUGAUCCAAAAUAUUAUCCGGAUCCCUUGAGAUUUGAUCCGGAAAGAUUUUCUACGGAACAAAAAUCUCAACGACCAAAUGGAACUUACAUGCCGUUUGGUGACGGACCUCGACUAUGCAUAGGCAAACGAUUUGCCGAAUCAGAAAUGAAAUUGGCCCUGUCAAAUGUAUUGUCAAAAUUCGAAGUCUUACCGUGCGAACAAACCGAAAUUCCCCUCAACAUAAACAGUGGAUCAGGCUUUAUUACGCCAAAAAACGGCAUUGUGUUAAAAUUCAGACCGAUAAUUGAGCAUUAAUUAUAAUUUUAUUGUAUUCAUAUAAUAAUAUAUAAUAUCAUAUGUAAAGGUCUAUGGUAAGUGUGAUACUGAAUGUAAUAAAAUGAAUGUAACAUAGUUUAAGAAUGAAAAACAAUAUUUAUAGUGUAUUAUAUUAUAUUUAUAUACCUACAAAAUAUACCGAUGUUUAAAGUAUAAAAAUAAUAAAAACAAUAUUAUAUGGCUA